CAUUUCUAGCACGUUCAGCUCCAAUACCAUUUAAACAAGCAUUGUAGAAGGCUUUGUAAACAAGCAUUGUGAAAGCCUUUGUAAACGAGCGUUAAGUAGGCCUUGGAAACAGAGAGAAUUACUGGUAAACAAUGGCGAUCGCAUUGAGAGAAAGUUGUUCUUGUACUUGCAGUGGCAAUGAGUGGAAAGUUAAGCUUGCUCAGUAUGUUCCGCGGCCGCGUCUGUGCACAAACAACACAAACAUUUGCCCUUUCAAAAUUUUAUUCAAACCUCACUUUCCAGCCAAUGGUACAUGGAUUUCCUCCAACAGUCCUGCAAUUCUUGUAAUCUCAACCGCCAACUCUGCUACUAAACUUCACGUUAUAUUACACGGCAAAAUUCAUGAGGAGCACUUCAUUUCAAGGCUAAAGUUCUCAUGGCCGCAGACACCAUGCCAGGCAAGGUUCGGCAGCAGGGGAAGCAGAGUAGUCUUUGCUUGUUAUAAUCAAGAAUCUCUGCACAAGGGUUUUGAGAGAUCGAAAUUCGCGCUGCUAUUCGACACAGCAUUUCACGCCCGCGACUUCCUCUCUUCCGUAAAGAAUUACGGCACCGUUGAAUGUUCAUUGCUCGAGAACGAUACGCUGCAAGCAGACGAACUCCCUCAAGCUGAAGAAGAAAUUCCGAGAAGCAUGCUACCAUGGGAUGAAUCCUCUGCCUCACAGACUCUCGCCAUAUACAAACCUCAAAUCAGAGAAAAAUUCGACGGAGUUCCAUCAGACGAAGCUAAUAAACAGAAGCAGAAGAUAAGUUCUACGGUAAAGGUUGAUCAUUCUCAAAAAAUAUCGGAGAAAAAGGAGAUCUUAAAUCAGGUAGAAUCAAUCUGUCUCGAUCUGCCUCCAAAAUUCUCUUCAUACUUUGAAGAGAGCUAUAUCACAGCCCACACAAAGACCGAUGGAGGUAAAAUGGAAUUGCCACAUAACCUGGACGCUAAUUUGUCUGCAGUGGAGGACACCACAGAAGACCUCAAAGCACAAGUAGCGGCCUGCUUCAUGGAUCCUUCUUUUCAAGAUUUUGUAUCCAAAGUUGAAAAAGUAUGGGGUGAACUUGACAUUGAAUUAUGAGGGAGGAGAGUAGAAAAUCAGGAACAAAAGUUUAAUCUGUAUGAUUCUGUAAUAUUUUCCAUUGAGGAUUGAACUGUUCUUUUACUUAUUCACGACAAAGCCCUGCCCUUCACAGGCUUUAAUAUGAACGUCCCCUUGGCUUGUUGUCUUAUUAACUAUCCUCGUUUAUUUCAACCACAUUGCAGACUUCGACCUUUUGCUUUUACGCGAAAGGUCCAUAGAUCAUACGCGAGCUAUUAAUAAAGUUUGGAAGUGGUUUCAAAUUGAUCAAAGUUCUUGACUUGCUAGUGAUAAGCUCCCAUCUUCAAUGCUUUGCAUUU